UUCGCUUCUUUGUUACAGUCGACAUCGAGUGAAAGAAAUAUCCAAAUAGAAGAAAGUAAUGAGCGAAAGUAAAGUUAUGGAGUCUCAGUUCUUUAAUCAAGUAAUGAAAAUACCUUCAGUGAAGUAUUCUUGGGAAUUCGUGAAGGAUUACUUCGAAGAAAUUCGAAAGAGAGAAUACCUUUCUAAAAUCUUUGAUGUUCUGGAUGUGAUCGUAAAGGAAGCCUAUGAAAGAAUGAAACCCUAUGUACAAAAAUUUGGAUCUUUGGUAUUUAAACUCGACGGAGUGGCUGCCGUGUGUCUACAAAGUCUAGAAGAAUACUUUCCUAUCAUUCUACGAAAUCCUAGCGACAUAAAGACCAGUAUAGUCUCCUACUCGUUAGACUACCGCUCGAUAUUGAACAUACGCUGUUACAUCAGUUCUGUUCUCGAACUUGCCGUGAAAUCUGUCGAAAGAAACAUCAUCCUUACCUCUCGUUACUUGCAGUUCUUGAUGUCUUUGUUUUUGCCACAGCUUCCAAACGAAGAAGAUCAAACUCCCACUACACGCCUAGGACGGGCAUCCAAUAUAUUCUAUAAGAUCAAUCUUCGCUUACAACACGUAGGAAAAGAUGAUGCAGAGAGUAAACUUCCAACUCCCUUAAAACCAGAAGACUUUCCUACCCCUCUAGGUAAAGCUGUUAUUGUGUUCUUCUAUGUUCCUGUUGUACUCUUCUACGAAUUCGUAUAUUUCAUGUACCAAAGUUGGGACGUUUGCAAUGCAUAGUUCCAGUACAUUGUUAAUUUGCUAAUAAAGGAUUGAUUAUUAAUCAAA